AUGAAUAAGCCUGAUGCCUGCCCCCCGGAACUGUCAAUGGAGGAUUUGGCAACGUUCCGUCGUUGCCGCAAGGAGUCUUUCUGGCGUGGUAGCGUCCCCAUGAUUAUCGGCGCCAGCUUUGCAGUCGGGUUCGCCCAAUCGCGUGGAUUCUUUGCCAAUCGUCCUCGCCUCCUCAUUCCCUCCUACAUUCUGGCCGGCCUCUUUGGAUACAUCGGUGGCAAAGUGAGUUACAUAGGCAAGUGUAAACGCAUGUUCCUCGAGCUGAACGACAGUCGCGUGAAGGACUUCCUGCUGGGCAAUCAGCCACGCAUGCCGUUUCCUCAGCCGCCAAACUUCUCCAGCGCCUCUGGUUGGUCGCGCCAAGGCGACGACGGUCCGAUUUUAGUGGACACUCCAACAACUCCUCAGAGGGGAUCCGGCAAGCCAGAGUGUCCGUUGACCUACGCUGAUAGGCGGAAGUAUUAUGGCCAAAAGCAUCUGCAGCCACAACAGCCCUCACCACCACCAUCUUCACAGCAAGACGACUCUAUGGCGCCCCCUCAACUCCCAAGCCAGUCGCCGUCAAACCCAUCCUCGUCGGAGUACUUCAACACGGAGCGUCCACUGAGCUCUUUCAUGUCGGACGACGAGUACAGACCAAGAGACUAA